GACACUGUCAGACUUGAACCCCAUUUUCUCCCAUUUGUUCUUUCAGCAAAAAGCGGAAAAGAAAGAAAUGGGAAAUUCAGAGUGUACCUAUUUCUGGAUAGGUUUUGCUUUCGUAACAGUCAUUAUGAUUAUUUCCUUGGUGAAAAAUAUUUCGUACUACAUGCAAGAAAAGAAACGAGGUAAAUAUUUUCUAGGUAAAGCAUACAAAGAUGUUCCAGAAUACAGUCCAAGCCACGAAGAGUUUUAUACUGAAGAAGGCCCUGUUUAUGACAACCUCAAUCACCAUCAACAAGAUAUUCUAAAUGAAAGUUACUAUGAACAAAUGAACGCCCAUUCUCAGACGUCCAACAAUGAAGUACAGGUAGCUGAGCGUCAGAUGUGCUAUGCUUCCCUUGAUCACAGUGUCAAAAGAAAACACAAAAACCUUCGAAAAAAGAAAUAUCCUCCAUUAGAAUCAGAGGAAGAUCAGCUGAGCAGAAACUGCUCCAUGCCCUCUGACACCUGCAUUUAUCUCAACAGUGAACAGCUGAGCAUCGAAAACAAAGUUUCUGAAGAUUCUUCCUGCCAAUGA